AUGAAACCAUUAGAUUUUUUGCAGCUUGAUUUCAACUUGAAGUUCUCUAGCAUUUUCUUGGUUCAACUAAACCUGAUUAUAGGGUUCAACAUUCUUUGA